AUGAAGCUGCUUCUUUCAACCUCCCUGUCGGCUUUUGUGGCCACGGCUCUAGCCUCGCCCUCGGUCAACACUGAAGCAGGCACUGUCAAGGGUGCAAAGUGCAGUGGUGGACAAGAUGCAGUCUUCUAUAAGGGAAUUCCGUUUGCCGAACCUCCUGUCGGAAAAUUGCGAUUUGAACCUCCCAGGGCCUACAGCGGAAAAUAUUCUGACGGGGUGCUCAAUGCCACUGCCCCGGCUCCAUCCUGCAUUCAGUUUGGAGAUCAGACUGUGCCAUCUGGAGCCAAAUCCGAAGACUGCCUCUACUUGGAUGUCUGGGUUCCAUCUGGCGCGACCAAAGACUCCAAACUUCCUGUUAAGGUCUGGAUCUUUGGAGGAUCCGACGCGAUGGGCGGCAUUGAAUAUCCUCUGUAUGAUGGCUGUAACCUGGCUGAGAAAGACCAGAUUGUGGUGUCACUGAACUACCGACUUGGACCUCUCGGUUUCUUGAAACUAGAUGGCGCCGGAUACAAUGGUAACCAAGGAAUUCAGGAUCUUAUUCUUGGAUUUGAGUGGGUCCAGCAAAGCAUUUCUGCCUUUGGCGGCGACCCCAAAAAGGUCCUCGCAUUCGGACAAUCAGCUGGUGCCACAGAUGUAUACACUCUUGCCACUCUUGAUCAAGCACCAUCUCUGUUCAACAGCGCUAUCGUUGAAUCGAUCGCUCUUCCCCAACUGACAAACACAGCAAUCGCCCAAAAGGUCGGAGUUUCGUAUGCGAAGCAGCUUAAAUGCGGUGCCAGUGAUAAAUCCUGUCUACUUUCCAAGUCCCCAGCCGAGCUUCAAAAGGCAUUCUAUGCCGAUUCAUACAUCCACACGGGCCUCGGGCAACUUGAUGGAAUUGGUAGUUCCAAUGCCCUGAGUCCCGAGUUUUGGCCAAUUGUGGAUGGCAAGGUCGUCAAAGAGAAUCCGCUGACUCGCGGUGCACAAGUCCCAACGGUCUUCGGUUUCAACCAACAAGAGAGCACUUUGAACGUCAUCGGAAGGUAUUCGUCUCUAGAGCUCGUUGGGAACCUCACGGCGACUGAUUAUAAGAACUUCCUCCGAGGAGACUUCGGCUCCGCAGCUUCAACGGUCGAGAAAUACUACGCUCUAUCCGAGUACGAGGCCGCUGUCAAGAAACAAGGAUUGUCAUCGGGAGCCGGUGUCUUUGAGGCCAUUUCCCAUGUUCUCACGGAUGUGCAUUUCAAAUGCCCAACGUACCAGAGUGCAGUUAGCACCGCGCGCAACGGCCACACAACAUGGGCCUAUGAAUUCACCCACAACAAUACCUGUGCCUGGUUGGAUACGCUAACCCUCAUCGCUGACAACCUCGAAUUCCUUGGAGCCGCGCACACUGCCGAAAUUCCAUAUGUCUUCAGCAACUUGGAUUUCAGCUACCCAAAAGCGAACUACACCUGCAGUGGUACCCAGGAUGAGCGGAAAUUGAGCGAUGAAAUGAUCAGCUUGUGGACUGCGAUGACGGAGAACGGCAAGCCAUCCACCGACGCUAUUGAAUGGCCGGAAUUCAAGAUCACAUCAACGGGCGCGAAAACCCCGGGAAUGAUCUUCGGUAACUCGAGUAAGGGUGGCGAGAUUGAUUUCUCCAUCUGUCAAUUGUGGGCCAAGGUCGGCGCCAUGCUGGAUGCAGGAAACAUCACGGCCGCGGCAACAUCAAGCUCAAGUAGCAGGGGAAAGCCUACCGGCUCUUCAGCUACGGCUUCACCGACCAGUUCUGUGUCCUUCAAUGGCGGAGUUAAUAUUUCGCCUUCACUUGGAGGUUCGAUCUUCUUCGGUGCUGUGCUCAUGGGAGCAACUAUGCUGUUCUAA